CAAUUUAAAAUAUACAUCAAAAUAUAAACAUUUAGAAAAUAUUCAUAAAAUCAAUAUUUCAUUCAUAAUUUUUUUUUUUCGAUAUUUUUGAAAUUGUAUAGAAAAAAAAUAUUGAAUAUUCGAUAAUAUCGACGAUAUCGAUAAUAUAACGAUAAACACACAUUUUUAUGCUAGCUAGUAGAUACACGAGACCACGAGACACGAGGUUAGUGUAACAUAUAUUUCACGAAGAAGGUUAAGAAAAAUAUUGAAUAAGAUAUUUUCGUAAAAAUGGUUCGCCGAAAGAUUGAUAAUCGCAUACGAGUUUUGAUAGAAAACGGUGUCUCUCUGGGACACAGAACGAUGUUUAUCAUCGUCGGCGAAAAAGCGAGAGAUCAAGUGGUAUUAUUGCAUCAUAUGUUGUCUAAGACUGUUGUAAAAGCUAGGCCUUCUGUAUUAUGGUGCUACAAAAAGGAUCUAGGUUUUAGUAGUCAUAGAAAGAAACGAAUGAAAUCUUUGCAAAAGAAAAUCAAAUCGGGUAAAGUGGAUGUUAACGAGGAUGAUCCAUUUGAAUUGUUUGUUAUUUCAACUAAUAUUCGCUACUGUUAUUAUAAUGAAACACAUAAAAUAUUAGGUAAUACAUAUGGCAUGUGUAUAUUACAGGAUUUUGAAGCAAUUACACCAAACUUAUUGGCACGUACGAUUGAAACAGUAGAGGGUGGUGGAGUUAUUGUAUUUCUGUUGCAAUCUAUGAAUUCUCUAAAGCAAUUAUAUACAAUGAACAUGGAUGUUCAUCAGAGAUUUCGCACGGAAGCUCAUAAAGAUAUAAUAUGUCGAUUUAAUGAGAGAUUCCUAUUGUCCUUGGCCUCGUGUACUCGAUGUUUGGUCGUUGAUGAUCAAUUAAAUGUAUUGCCUAUAUCUUCACACAAUCUAAAGAUAGAACCUGUGCAUAAAUUGGAUGUUUUAGAAGAACAAUCAAGUUUGGAUACUUUAAAGGAGAGUCUUCAAGACACUCAACCUGUAUCUGUAUUAAUUAAUUGCUGUAAAACAGUUGAUCAGGCAAAAGCAGUUCUUAAAUUUAUCGAGUGUAUCUCUGAAAAAACUUUAAGAUCAACUGUAUCGCUAACCGCUGCUAGAGGACGCGGAAAAUCUGCUGCAUUAGGACUUGCCAUUGCUGGAGCUAUUACUUUUGGAUACUCCAAUAUUUAUAUCUCAAGUCCUAGUCCAGAGAACUUGAACACUCUCUUUGAAUUUGUCUUCAAAGGAUUUGACGCACUUGGAUAUCAGGAACAUCUCGACUAUGGAUUAGUACAAUCCACAAAUCCAGAAUUCAACAAAGCUACUGUACGUGUAAAUGUGUUUCGAGAUCAUCGCCAGACAAUUCAGUACAUACAUCCAACAGAUACCCAUAAAUUAAAUCAAGCAGAAUUGCUUGUGAUUGAUGAAGCAGCAGCGAUUCCUUUACCUUAUGUUAAAGCAAUGCUUGGGCCUUAUCUAAUAUUUCUCGCGUCAACUAUAAAUGGUUAUGAAGGGACAGGUCGAUCCUUGUCACUCAAACUGCUACAGCAAUUGAGGACACAAACUGCUGGAUCAAAUAGCCAUGGAAAAAAUGAAAAGGAGCAACAAGAGAAAAUUCUUAUUGGCAGACAAUUGCAUGAACUUACUCUUGAUGAGUCGAUACGUUAUAAACCUGGUGAUUCUGUAGAACAAUGGCUGUGCGAUUUACUUUGUUUAAAUGCUACGAUGCAUGCACCCAUUCUUUCCGGAUGUCCCCCACCUGACAUGUGUCAACUGUAUUAUAUAAAUAGAGAUACAUUAUUCUCUUAUCACAAGGCUUCUGAGUUGUUUUUACAAAGGCUGGUUUCUCUGUAUGUUGCAUCACAUUAUAAAAAUACUCCUAACGAUUUGCAAAUGAUGUCUGAUGCACCUGCGCAUCAUCUAUUUUGUUUAUUGGGACCUGUAGAUUCUAAUAGAAAGACUCUGCCUGAAAUAUUAGUCGUUCUUCAAAUUUGCUUGGAAGGUGAAGUUAGCAAAACUAGUAUAAGGGAGGGUCUCACGCGAGGUCGUAGAGCAGCUGGUGAUCUAAUACCAUGGACGAUUGCUCAGCAAUAUCAAGAUGAGGAUUUUCCAGUAUUGGCGGGCGCACGCAUCGUCCGUAUUGCCACGCAUCCCGAUUAUCACGGGAUGGGAUAUGGUAGUCGUGCAUUACAGUUGUUGAAACAAUACUAUGAGAUGAAAAUACCCAACAUUAAUGAAAGCAUUGCGCAAGAGCCAAUAAUGGAAAUAAAAAAUGUUUCCGAUGAAGCAGUCAAUUUAUUAGAAGAAAGUAUAGAACCUCGCAAUUCGCUACCACCGCUCUUAUUGAAAUUAAGCGAGAGGCAUCCAGAACAUCUGGACUACAUUGGAGUAUCUUUCGGAGUUACCGAGCAAUUGUUGAAAUUUUGGAAACGGUCCAAUUUUAUACCUAUAUAUUUAAGGCAAACGGCAAAUGACAUAACAGGAGAGCAUUCCUGCAUAAUGAUUUGCAAAAUUAAUAUUGAACAUGAUAACGACAAGUGGUUGCAGGCUUAUUGGAGCGAUUUUCGCCGGCGAUUCUUAAGUCUACUCUCUUAUUCGUUUAAUACCUAUCCAGCGUCGCUUGCAUUGAGUAUAUUAAUUAACAAAACAAUAUCUUUGGAAUCUGUCACACUAAGAAAAGAAACAUUGGAUGUUUACUUUACAUCAUACGAUCUAAAGCGUUUGCAAAUGUAUAGUAAUAAUAUGGUGGAUUAUCAUUUAAUUAUGGAUUUACUACCAUCCUUAGCACGUUUAUACUUUUUAAAUAUGAUGGGAGACACUCAUUUCUCAGCAGCACAAUCGGCAAUUCUACUCGGCUUGGGCUUGCAACAUAAAACCGUCGACAAAUUAGCAGAAGAAUUGAAUUUACCAUCUUCACAAUUACUCGGUUUAUUCAAUCGUAUAAUACGUAAAUCGAUUCAAUAUUUUAACAGUGUCGCGGAAAACUAUGUAGAAAGCACUAUGCUGACCAAUGAAUCAGUUAAUGAAGAAGUAAAAGUAAAUCCUUUAGGUGGACAGAGUUUACACGAAGAAUUAGAAAGCGCAGCUAAAGAACUGAAAAUAAAACAAAGAGCAGAAUUGGAGAAACUAAAGAAAGAAAAUUUGGAGCAAUAUGCUAUUAAGGGGUCGGAAACAGAUUGGACUAGUGCAUUAUCUGGCAAACACAGUAAAAAUCUUAUUUCUGUAAAGACUGGUGAAAAACGACCAUCAGAAGAUAAUAGUGUGCAAGAAUUUGAAAAAAAGCACAUAAAGAAAAAAAAAAGACAUUCUUCAAAGCUAUAAUUUUGUAAGAUGUAAUAAUUUACAUAAUUUAUGUAUAUCUGGAUGAAAUAAAUAUGAAAGUUGAUACUUCAUUAAUAAUAGA